GAAAAACCAGCGGGUGCGCAGGGGACGUUGGGGCCAGGUCCGCCUCGCUCCAGCCUAACCCCGUGGCUUUUGGGUAUCCUCCUCCCCACCCCCACCACCACACCACACACACACACCCAUCCUCCUCCCCGGGUAUGCUCAGCAUCCCCCCGCGACUCCAGCACCGACGCCCCGGCCUCAGGUCUCUGCCCCCUCGCCGGGCCCCGGCCGUGGGGCCGGAGGGAGCGGCCGGAUGGAGCGGAGGAUGAAAGGCGGAUACUUGGACCAGCAAGUGCCCUACACCUUCUGCAGCAAAUCUCCCGGAAAUGGGAGCUUGCGCGAAACGCUGAUGGUCCCACAGGGGAAGCUCAUGGACCCCGGCUCCCUACCGUCUCCUGACUCGGAAGAUCUCUUCCAGGACCUAAGUCACUUCCAGGAGACUUGGCUCGCUGAAGCUCAGGUACCAGACAGUGAUGAGCAGUUUGUUCCUGAUUUCCAUUCAGAAAACUUAGCUUUCCACAGUCCCACCACCAGGAUCAAGAAGGAACCCCAGAGUCCCCGCACAGACCCGGCCCUGUCCUGCAGCAGGAAGCCGCCACCCUCCUACCACCAUGGCGAGCAGUGCCUUUAUUCCAGUGCCUAUGACUCCCCCAGACAAAUCGCCAUCAAGUCCCCUGCCCCUGGUGCCCCCGGACAGUCGCCCCUGCAGCCCUUUUCCAGGGCAGAGCAGCAGAGCUUCCUGAGAUCCUCUGGCACCUGCCAGCCCCACCCUGGCCAUGGGUACCUCGGGGAGCACAGCUCCGUCUUCCAGCAGCCCCUGGACACGUGCCACUCCUUCACAUCUCAGGGAGGGGGCCGGGAACCCCUUCCAGCCCCUUACCACCAGCACCAGCUGUCGGAGUCUUGCCCGCCCUACCCCCAACAGAGCUUCAAACAGGAAUACCAUGACCCCCUGUAUGAACAGGCUGGCCAGCCGGCUGUGGGCCAGGGUGGGGUCAGUGGGCACAGGUACCCAGGGGCGGGGGUGGUGAUCAAACAGGAGCGUACAGACUUCACCUACGACUCAGACGUCCCAGGGUGCACGUCAAUGUACCUCCACGCAGAGGGCUUCUCUGGGCCCUCUCCGGGCGAUGGAGUCAUGGGCUAUGGCUUUGAGAAAUCUCUUCGACCAUUCCCAGAUGAUGUCUGCGUUGUCCCUGAAAAAUUUGAAGGUGACAUCAAGCAGGAAGGAAUGGGAGCUUUCCGGGAGGGCCCACCCUACCAGCGCCGGGGCGCCUUGCAGCUGUGGCAGUUUCUGGUGGCCCUGCUGGAUGACCCAACAAAUGCCCAUUUUAUUGCCUGGACAGGUCGGGGGAUGGAGUUCAAACUAAUUGAGCCUGAGGAGGUCGCCAGGCUCUGGGGUAUCCAGAAGAACCGGCCAGCCAUGAACUAUGACAAACUGAGCCGCUCACUGCGAUACUAUUAUGAGAAAGGCAUCAUGCAGAAGGUGGCUGGUGAGCGUUACGUGUACAAGUUUGUGUGUGAGCCCGAGGCCUUGUUCUCUCUGGCCUUCCCGGACAAUCAGCGUCCAGCUCUGAAGGCUGAGUUUGACCGGCCGGUCAGUGAGGAGGACACAGUUCCUUUGUCCCACUUGGAUGAGAGCCCUGCCUACCUCCCAGAGCUGGCUGGCCCUGCUCAGCCCUUUGGCCCCAAGGGUGGCUACUCUUACUAGCCACCAGUGGCUUCCCCUUGCCACAAGGUUGGGGACUGCCUCGUGUACAUAUCAACGCAUUUGGUGUUCGGAAGCCCUUGCUCAUACCUGCAGGGGUCUCUGGGGCAGAUCCCUGCUGUCCCAUCUCCUAGGCUGGCUCAGACUCUGAGCUUUUCACCAGUGGGAAGGAAAAGUGGGAAAGGUCAUGCAAGCUCCACAUCGCACCCCUGACCCAGGGAAUUCAGCCCAGCCUCCACCUAAGCCCUUCUUGGAGGCACAAGCCCCUCUUCACUUCCCCUGCCACAGAGACCUAGCAUUUAUUCUGUUCUGGGGACAGAUAAAGGGCUUCCCAACUUGAUCUUGGCAGUGGGGCCCCGAGGAGGUUUGCUGACUCCCCGGUUCUCCCACUGUGUGUGUCUGAAGCCUGAGCCCUGCAACUCCAUCCCAAGCUGGGGCCUUGGAAAGGCCUAGGUGUUCAGUUCUUGGUGCUUUUUCCUCCUAGAGGCGGGAGCAGGUGGAAGGAACCUGGGGUGAGGUGUUAGGGGGAGGCAAAGGGUCCGCCCCGAGGGGCCCCCUGCUUUCCUCUGUCUGCCCUCGGCCUACCAAGGCCUGGAGGCCCACCUCUGCCAUCUGCCAGACCUUAAUAAAGGCCCUGCUUCUCCUGUUA